AUGGAGGUCUUGGCGGCGCUUUCGCUGACUGAAGAGGAGUUCGACCGCCACAUGCGAGUCAAAGAUCCGAACAACCCGCCCAAGUUUUACAAAGAAUACGUCGAAGCCAUUUUGCAAAGAAUUCGCGAAAACGCCAAACUCGAAUUCGAAGCCAUUUGGAGCGAAGCAGAAAGAACUGGGAUGCACAAGUGCGACUUGACGGACAUUUUGUCUCAAAAAAUAAAUCAACUAAAAACUGACAUGGCGGGCUCCAGUGCUCUUUGGAAAGAUGAGGCACUUGUGAAUUUCGUUUUGACGAAAUCCAUUCCGGACGUUUUGGUGCCGGGGCUGAUAAGUGUGGAGACAUUUCGCCAGAGGGUGCCGGAGACUUACCAGCGGGCCAUCUUCACCACUUUUUUGGCUUCGCGCUUUCUUUACAAACAGCCCUUUACAGCAGAGGCUUCGGCCUUCGCCUUUAUUUCUUAUCUCGACGAAAUAAGAGUGCAAAUGGCAGCAGCAGCAGCAGCAGCAGCAGCACCAGCAGCAGCAGCAGCAGCAGCACCAGCAGCAGCAGCAGCAGCAGCAGCAGCAGCAGCAGCAGCGCCCGCAGCAGCAGCAGCAGCAGCAGCAAAAUGA